AUGGUCAAACUGACAUGUCUAAUCACACUGGGCCUGGCCUUAUCAACGGCUGCGGAAGAUGCAGGAAGCAAAAGGCCGAAAUACAAGGACCCAUCUGUACCGGUAGAGGAGAGGGUUUCUGACCUGUUAUCUCGAAUGACUAUUGAGGAAAAGACCGCUCAAUUGAUCCAGGGAGAUAUUUCAAAUUGGAUGGACCCGGAUACAGGCGCUUUUAACCAGUCAGGGCUCGUUGAGAAUAUGAAAUUGAAGGCUGGUAGUUUUUAUGUUGGAUAUCCUUCUCCGGCGUCGUGGAUUGCAGAAAAUAUCAAGAAAGCGCAAGACUACCUUGUCAAUGAAACAAGACUAGGAAUACCCGCCAUUGUGCAGUCUGAGGGAAUCCACGGUUUUCUAUUGCUGAAUGCAACCAUAUUCAAUUCCCCUAUUGCAUAUGCCUCUGCAUGGAAUCCAGAUUUGGUCAAUGAAAUGGCCCAAGUCAUAGCUCGUGAAGGGGCUGCCAUCGGUGUAAACCAGCUCUUCGCUCCGGUCUCCGAUGUCGCCAGGGAGCUGCGGUAUGGAAGGGUUGAGGAAUGCUUCUCUGAAGAUCCAUAUCUAGCUGGUGAAAUGUCAUAUUCAUUAGUCACUGGCCUUCAAGCACUGAAUAUGUCCGCCACCGUGAAGCAUUUCCUUGGUUACGCUCAACCAGAGCAAGGUCUGAACACUGGUCCUGUUCAUGGAGGGGAGAGGGAGCUCCGCACAACUUGGAUGCCGGCCUUUAAACGAGCAAUUGUGGAUGCUGGUGCCUGGGGGAUUAUGGGAGCUUACCACUCGUAUGACGGUCUCCCGGCUGUAACGGAUAGUGAGAUGCUCACUGAUAUUCUGCGCGGAGAAUGGGGCUACAAGUACUGGGUCAUUAGUGACGCGGGGGCAACUGAUCGAGUAUGCACUGCAUUCAAAAUGUGUCAAUCUGACCCCAUUGAUUCCGACGCCGUGACUCUAGCUGUGCUGCCUGCCGGGACAGAUGUUGAGAUGGGCGGUGGAUCUUUCAACUUCAAACAGAUUCCAACACUUGUCAGUCAGAAUCGGCUUGACAUAGCAACCGUUGACACGGCUGUUUCGCGAUUACUAAGAGCAAAAUUUGAGAUGGGUCUCUUUGAAAAUCCCUAUUCUUCCUCUGUCGCCGAAGAACAUUGGUCGUCCUUGAUUCAUACCUCUGACGCGGUUGAAUUAGCCCGCACUCUUGAUAGAGAGUCUAUUGUUCUCCUGGAGAACCAUAACAACACCCUGCCUCUUAAGAAAAGUGGAAGCAUUGCAGUGAUCGGACCAAUGGCUCAUGGAUUCAUGAAUUACGGUGAUUAUGUCGUAAAAGGAAGCCAAUACCAUGGUGUUACCCCGUUGGACGGAAUUAGGGCAGCCGUUGGCGACUCGGUAACCAUAAAUUAUGCUCAGGGAUGUGAACGCUGGAGUAACGACCAGUCGGGGUUCACGGAAGCCAUCGCUGCAGCUAAGAAGUCUAAUGUCGCAGUUGUUGUUGUUGGUACAUGGUCUCGAGAUCAAUAUGAACUUUGGGCUGGAUACAAUGCCACGACCGGAGAGCACGUUGACGUUAAUAAUCUCAAUCUCGUCGGGGCACAGAGCGCCCUCGUCAAAGCAAUUGCUGAGACAGGUAUCCCUACAGUUGUUGUAUUCUCGUCCGGCAAACCUAUCACAGAAUCAUGGAUAGCAAACAGCACCGCUGCUUUAGUCCAGCAAUUCUACCCAUCUGAACAAGGAGGAAAUGCUCUUGCAGACAUUUUAUUUGGCGAUUAUAGUCCGUCCGGUCGACUGUCGGUUAGCUUUCCAUAUGAUGUUGGCUCUCUUCCGAUAUAUUAUGACUAUCUAAACUCUGGUCGAUCAAUUGGGGACUCGGGGCAUGUCGAUGAUAAUGGGACAAUCGUCUUUGGACAUCAGUAUGUUAUCGGGACACCGGAACCAUGGUAUCCAUUUGGGUAUGGAAAGUCGUAUUCGACGUUUUCAUAUUCGAACAUUUCCUUGAAUAAGGUGAACGCUACAUUUUCGGACACAGUAACUGCGGAAGUGAACGUUACAAAUACCAGCCCGGUAAAUGGUACAGAAGUUGUCCAGCUCUAUGUGGUGGAUAACAUUGCUAGUGUGGAUAUCCCGAACAGAAGAUUGAAAGGAUUCAAAAAGGUGGAAAUUCAGGCCGGAGAGACAGCAGCGGUGAAGAUGGACGUCUCCGUUCAGGACUUGGGACUGUGGAAUCGAAAAAUGCAGUACACGGUAGAGCCUGGGCAGUUUACUAUCUUAAUCGGUAGGAGCGCUCAAGAUAUCAUUGGCAAUGCGACAUUGUGGGUUUCAUAA